CAGAGGCUGGAGGGCUGCGAAAAGCGGGCUAGCUUGGUGGGCUGCAGUCUCAGUCGCCACUCCCUACAGAGGGGGCGCCGCGCAUGCGCCCCCCGAGCCCGCGUCGCCAUUGCGCAGGUUGCGGUGGGCCGAUCGCCAGCGCUUGCUCCGCCCUGGCCGGCGGCGCCCUUCCGCUCCCGGUGCAGGCUGCGGCGUCGGGGCGGCGCGAGGGCCUCAGUCCGCGGAGCCGGUGAGUGCGCCCGGGAGAGGCGCCCUGGGCCGUCCCAGGGCAAGGCCACCCACCGCUGUGUGCCCCGCGCCCGGGGCGAGAAGCCCGCGCGCUGCUCCCGGAGCCCCAGCGUCUCUCCGCCGGCCGCUCCCAGGUUCUCGACGCGGUGGGUUGGCCUUUAUCACACAGCGGGUCUGCGAUGCUCCCCGCGCAGCCCCGCGGUCUGCAGGGCAGACCGGUUACGCCACGCGCCGCUUUUCUGCUUGGACUGAGAUGACAGCUGAUUGAUGCCCUCUCUGAAGGCUGUGCUUUCCCAGGAGGGGUGUGGGGAUGAGAAAGUGAACUAUGGAUCACAGACAGUCAGGUCCCAGGAAUCGCUGACGUUCCAGGACGUGGCCGUGAACUUCACCAGAGAGGAGUGGGAGUGGCUGUACCCUGCUCAGAAGAACCUCUACCGGGACGUGAUGCUGGAGAACUACAGGAACCUGGUGGCUCUGGGGCAUCAGCUUUAUAAGCCAGAGGUGAUCACUCAGUUGGAGCAAGAGGAGCUGCGGUUAACAGAAAGAGAUGGCCCUCUGGAAACCCCUCCAGAUGCAGAGAACAUACCUGAAGUAAAAAAGUCACCUCUAAACCAGAGUAUUUCUGAUAAAAACCAAACCCAGGACAUGAUCAUGCAAAGACUAACAAGAGACAGUUUCUGGUACUCCAUCUUAGGAGGGCUCUGGGAUUUUGAUUAUCACUUAGAGUUGAACCAAGAAAACCAGCAGAGAUAUUUGGGACCAGUAUCUCUCAUCCACCAAAAGCUCACACAGGAGAGAAACAGCGAAUGUAGGAGAUCAGAGGACAAUUAUGGUCAGAGAAAUCCUUCUCUUCAAAUACCCCUUUAUUAUGGUGCACAAGAAAAUAGCCUGAGACUUAGCUCAGACUUGAUCUGCUAUCAGGGAAACCCUGUGAGAGAGAACCCCUGUGAAUAUAACGAGUGUGGAAGAACCUUUGGUCAACAUAUUCUUCUUCCUAGUAAUGCAUGUGCCAUGGAGAACCCCAGGGAACAUGGAAAGGCCUUUAGCCACAGCUUGCCUCUCGGCCAGCCUCAGCCAGUGUUGACAGGAGAGAAGCCCUACAAGUGUGAUGACUGUGGGAAGAGAUUCAGCCAGAGAAUACACCUCAUUCAACAUCAGAGAAUUCACACGGGGGAAAAGCCUUUUACGUGCCAUGAGUGUGGGAAAGCCUUCCGCCAGCAUUCCUCCUUCACCCAGCAUCUGAGGAUCCACACUGGAGAGAAACCCUAUAAGUGCAAUCAGUGCGGCAAGGCCUUCAGCCGCAUCACAUCUCUCACAGAGCACCAUAGACUUCACACGGGAGAGAAACCCUAUCAGUGCAGCUUCUGUGGGAAAACCUUCAGCCAGAGGACGCAUCUCAACCAGCAUGAGAGGACCCAUACUGGAGAGCGGCCUUACAAAUGUCAUGAGUGUGGGAAAGCCUUCAGCCAGAGCGCACACCUGAACCAGCACAGGAAAACCCACACCCGUGGGAAGGUGCAGGAGUGCAAGUGUGGGCGGGCCUUCCGCCACCAUGCGUCACUUUGCAGCAUGUGAUUGUGCUGGGGAAUGAUCCAGUGACUCAAAUUAUUCACAGUGGAUAAAAAGCUUAUAAAUAAACCUUUAAUGCAUAAAAACCAAAUAAAACGUGCACCUUAAACUGGUAGCCUAUUACAUUCCAAAGAAGGAAAAUGGAUUAUUUUAUAGAAAACUUGAGUCAUGUUCCAAGUCUAAUUUAACAUGUUUUAAAAAGAUAAGCAGAAGUCUUAUAAGCAAUAAUCUAUCAUCAUUCACCUCUAAGUUCUAUGCUACAAAACCUG